AUGACAGCCCUCGCCCGACUAACCCUGCUCCGCGAACACCUCGAUUCUUCCUUCCACCCUCCUCCUCCACCUCCACCGCCCAGUCCAAUGAUUGAGAAUCCGGACAAGGAUAAAAUAGUGAUGGAAAAACCUAUUCCUCCUCUCUCAAAAGAGCGAUUAUCUCUCUCCCACCGGAUAAAUUGUUUCCUCCAACUCUGGCUGCUCAAAUCCCUCGCCAACCUCUACUUCCUCUACCUCCGCCUCGUCAAGCCCCCUCAACCGGGCACCCAACCAACCCUCACUAAGCGCUAUGCCUGCCGCCCAACUCUGGAAACACGCAUCUUCUACCCGCGUUCAUACAACCCCGCCCAGCGCCAAUUGCUCCCACUCUACCUGAACGUCCAUGGCGGCGGCUUCGUGAUGUGCGACGCCAGCGUCGACGACACCUUUUGCAGCGCCUGGGCCAAUCGCACCGGAAUGCUAGUUGUCAGCCUCAACUACCGCAAGGCGCCGCUCCACCCCUUCCCAACAGCCACUUUUGACGUUGCCGAGGUCGCCAAGUGCGUCUUAGCAGAUGACUCCCUCCCAAUUGACCAUUCGCGCAUUUCCAUCGGCGGCUUCAGCGCAGGCGGGAACCUCGCGCUCUCUGUCUCGCAACUCCCCGGUCUCAAAGGCCUGAUCAAAGCAGCGGUGGUAUACUACCCUAUUGUGGAUUUCGGCCACCCACCUAAUGAAAAGCUGGAUGCGAGACCAUAUAAAGGUGGUCCGACGGAUAAUCUGGAAAGGACGUCCUGGUGGCUGGACUGGGGGUAUGUGAGUGUAGGGCAGAAUCGGAGGGAUCCACUACUCAGCCCAGUGUAUGCGGGGAAGGAUGAGCUGCCGCCGUGGAUUUAUAUGAUUGGGGCACAGUGGGAUAUGCUCCGGUUGGAGACGCAGCAGAUGAUUCAUGGGUUGGCCGGACUGGAGGAUAGAGUCGGGGUUGAGCAGGAGGAGGACUUUGAGGUGGGCAGGUAUAAGUGGACGUUGGCGAGAGGGUGUCCGCAUGGGUUUACUCAUGCGAGCCCACGGAAGAAGGGGGGGUAA